AUGGAUUCAAAGAAAAAUAUAAAAAUCAACGACGACUUGUUGAGGGAGAUACUCGUCCAUCUGCCUCCAAAAACCCUUUUCAAGUUCAUGACCGUCUCCAAGAAGUGGAAGUAUAUCAUUAACGAUCCCACCUUUCUUAAGUUCCACAGCAACAAACAACGCCGCCGCUCCUCUGCCGUCGCCGGAGACGAUGGCGGCCAUCUGCUGGCACUGUUCCAAUUAACAACCAAACACUUGUCCGGCAGAUACCGCCGCCGUCCUUCGGAACCCGCAAUGAACAUACUCGCCGUUUUUCCCCACGGAAACCCCGAAAUAAUGUGCGUCGAAAAGGAACUAGGAUACUUCAUCAACUCCUCCGAGGGUUUAGUCCUCUGCGGCCGCCACUCGUCCAAGUACCACGUCAUGAACCCCGUGACCAAAAAGUGGGUCCUACUGCCACCGCCGCCACGUCAUCGUCUAGACCAAGACCAACAAUACUAUCGUGAUUGGACGAUCGGAUUGAUGGUCACUGCGUGGGAGGGAGACAAGAGCUACAUAGUCGUUCGAGCCGCCUUGACGGAUGAUCUCGACCAACAAUUGCCCAUCGAGACCUACUCGUCUAAGACGGGCGAGUGGGUCCCGUCGAUGCUCUUUGGCACGGGGGAAUUCGUCCUGCACCCCUUGCCCGGGGCCCCGUUGGUGGCGAACGGCGUUUUCCACUGGUACACGUACAAUUGGCAGAUUGCACUCUACGACCCUAGCGAUGAAACGGGCCACGUCCAAUUGAUCAAGAUCCCAUAUUUGGAUGGUGCGGUUUCACGAGCUAUAACAAGGUCCUCUGUCGACAACACAUUAUGGUUUGGAACAAUCAACCCCGACAAAAUCCAAAUCUAUAAACUGCCCAAGGGUGAAAAAGACGGUAGAAUGAGUUACAAGCGGAAAAAAACGAUACCUUGCCAUGAAUGGGAGCUGGUCCACGAUAUCGACAUUGAAUCGUUGGGCGUGUUUUUUCAUGUUCCAGAUCCCGAGAAGAAUCGAAUGGAUAGGAUUCGAUUGGAGUGCUUCGUACCAAAUUGGUAUCCACUUGUGCUUGUACUUCGACAAGCAGAAAAGAUUUUUCUAUACAAUUUGGGUAGUAAUAGUGUUGAGUGGGUUUCAUACUAUGGAUGUCCUUAUAAUCAUCUCGUACAUGAGGAGUACUUGUGUCCUUAUAUCGAGUCGUCUUGCUUGUCUUCGUAUUUUGUUUGA